CCGGCCCGCCUCUCUUUCUUUUUUGCCCCCUCUGCUACACGGCGGUGGGUCGGAGCCGCUGUGUCCCCGGUCUGGCACGUUCCUAGCCAAAUUCUCCACGGUGUAAAUUCGGAUCCCCCCCCCCCACAAAACCAAAUCCACCUCCCCUCGGUGGCUCACCUGUAACCCGCUCACAGCUUCGCUCUCAGCGCACAUCGCCGGAUCUCCAGCAGAUACCUCAGAAGAUGGCGGUGGUAAGCGGGAUGUCGGGGUCGGCUGUAGCCCGGCUCGAGGGCCGAGAAUUCGAGUACCUGAUGAAGAAAAGGUCGGUGACCAUCGGCCGGAACUCGUCGCAGGGCUCCGUGGACGUCAGCAUGGGACACUCCAGCUUCAUCUCGCGGCGGCACCUCGAGAUAUUCACGGCGGGAGAGGACGGCACCGGCACCGGGGAGUUCUACCUCCGCUGCCUGGGGAAAAACGGGGUGUUCGUUGACGGGGUGUUCCAGAGGAGAGGGGCGCCACCUCUGCAGCUUCCACGAAUGUGUUGUUUCCGUUUCCCAAGCACAACCAUAAAGAUCACGUUUACAGCCCUGUCCAGUGAUAAGAAGGAGCCAAGGAACGUGCCGGAAUCACCGGUCAAGCCCGUCCAACCUCAAAUUUCCCCGCUGACCAUAAACAUUCCUGACAACAUCGCCCACCUCAUGAGCCCACUGCCUUCACCUACUGGUACCAUCAGUGCAGCAAACUCCUGUCCAUCAAGUCCACGGGGGGCGGGGCUUUCGAGCUACAGGACAGGCCGCGUUCUGGCCGCUGACCUUAUAGGAGACAACUCCCAAUCAGAAAACGACAAGGAGGCCUCAGGUGAAGACAGCCCAAAGGACGACUCCAAACCUCCAUACUCAUAUGCACAACUAAUAGUCCAAGCUAUCACCAUGGCCCCAGAUAAACAGCUAACACUAAAUGGAAUAUACACCCACAUCACCAAGAACUAUCCGUACUACAGAACAGCUGAUAAAGGCUGGCAGAACUCGAUUCGUCACAACCUUUCCUUGAACCGGUACUUCAUCAAAGUGGCCCGCUCUCAGGAGGAGCCCGGGAAAGGCUCGUUCUGGAGGAUCGACCCCUCCUCUGAGGGCAAGCUCAUAGAACAAGCCUUCAGGAAGCGCAGGCCUAGGGGAGUGCCUUGCUUCAGGACCCCUGUGGGACCUCUUUCCUCCAGGAGCGCUCCAGCCUCUCCGAGCCACACAGGCGCACUGUCUGCCCACUCCAGCGGGGUCCAGACCCCAGACAGCCUGUCCAGAGAGGGGUCCCCAGUCCCCAUGGAGCCAGAGACGACCCCUCCGCCAGCCCCCACCCAAACCGCCACAGUCCAGCCCAAACUUGCUGUCAUCCAAGAGGCGCGCUUUGCACAGAACUCCUCUGGCCCCCCGAUGAACAACCAGCCAGUAUUGAUCGCCGUGCAGCGCCAGAUGCCUCAAACGACCAUGAAGCCUGUGACCUACACCAUGGCAUCGCCAGCCAUCGUAACGACGCCGGUGAGCUCCACACCCGUGAUGCAGACAGUGCACGUCGUCCACCAGAUUCCCACAGUCACCAUGGCAACCCUUGGCGGACAGUCUGCUGCUAAAAUGAGCUCAGAACCUCAGGAGAACGGAGGGGGAGCGCACCAAGAGAUUAAAGUGAAAGUGGAGCCGGUGCCUUCCAUCACAGGCUCAUCUAUAGGGGGAGUCAGUCGUAUCAUCCAGAGCUCUCAGGCUGCUCCCUUGACAACAGUUACCAUUGUUCAACAAGCCCCGCUCGGGCAGCACCAGCUCCCAAUAAAGGCCAUCACACAAAACGGGACUCAUCUGGUCCCCAUCAGUUCUGCUGCUAGCACAGCUGUUGCGAACCCUCUCCACUUGCUGGCGACCCACGCCUCGGCCUCCGCGUCCCUCCCCACCAAGAGGCAGAACGGAGAACUGCAGGACCAAGCUGGAUCAAAGCGAGUGAAAACGGAGGAGGGAGAGAAGGGUGACAAAGCAACCGCCAACAACAAUGGCACCACGGACAGAGCCGGAGAAGCAGGGGUCUGUGAACAGGUCGGCCACAAGUAGCCUCUCCCCCGAUCUGCACCCUGACCCCCGCUCUCCUGUACGCAUUGAGCCUCACACCUUCCAUACCCUCACCCCCCCCCUCCAUCCUACCUGGUUAUCAUCUACUUCAAGGUGCCAAAAAGAGAAGAGACGUGGAAACGCAAACGGGACUAACAGAAUGUGCAAAACCUCUCUCCCCGUUGACCCCCCUCCACUCCUCCUCUUCCAUAUAUUUAAGACCACCAAAUACGAUGCAAAGACUACAGACCAAAUUGAAAGUGGACGUCGAGAAGAGCUGCUGAUGACUGUGAAGCCCUGAAGUUUGCGACCCAGAUGGCAGAAAGAAACACAGAUUUGAAAAAUCCAGAUCUCUAGAUGAGAACAAAAAAAAAAAAAAAAAAAGACUUAUUGGACAAGCGA